GCUUCCGGCCAUGAGGGCAGCGCUGGUGGACUACAGCAGCUCCGGCUCGGAGGGAGAGAGCGAGGCCGGCGCCGCCCGGGAGAGGAGCAAGAGGAGCAGCGGGGACGCUGGGGCCGGGCCGAAGGGCGGCCGCGGCCUCUCCCCUCCGGGCAGCAGAGCUGCUAUGCCCUCCCUCCCCUUGCCAGACAGUGUGCGGAGGAUGUUCAGGGAUCAGGAAGAGAAGGAAAAGGUGGUGGAUGACUGUAGUAAACACGAAGGCCGCCUGCGGACAUUUCCUCAUGAACGAGGCAACUGGGCAACCCAUGUAUACCUGCCAUACAAAGCUGUGGAGGACUUUCUGGAUUUACUGCAGCUCCUCUUAAUCUGUGGGCGCACUUAUGUUCCUCCACUGAUGGGACAGGAAGAAUUCCACAUCAGCCUCUCUCAAGGCGUGGUGUUGCGCCAUCACUGGAUCAACUCUUUUAUCCAGUCCCUCAAAGAACGCAUGGCUUCCUACCACAGGUUCAUAUUCAGAGCUGAUCAAGUGAAGAUUUAUACCAAUGAGACCAAAACCAGGACCUUUGUUGGCUUAGAAGUCUCUUCAGGACAUUCUCAGAUGAUGGAGAUGGUUUCAGAAGUGGAUGAAGUUAUGAAGGAAUUUAACCUCAUGCCUUUUUACAAGGAUCCCUCAUUCCACAUGAGCCUCGCCUGGUGUGUGGGGAAUAUGUCGGAAGCCCUCGGAGGCCAGUGUAUGCAGGAAAUGCAGGAGAUUGUGGAUGGCUUUGAGGACUCCAGCCACUUGCUGCAAAUUCCUGGGACGGAAGUCCGUUGCAAAUCUGGCAAUAAGGUCUUCUCGUUCCCUCUGAGAUAGAGAAGCCCAGGAACAAUAAGAGCCGACUUGCGAUAGAAACCACCAGCCCUUUGCCAAAGAUGGUCAGAGGUGCCACCGGAUUCCCGUAAAGUCUAUUGGGAGCUCACCUACCCGUGCCAGCAGCAGACCAUCCAACAGCACAUUUCAGAGCCAAGGCAGUUAAUGCCCUCAGGCCUCUGCCAGACCAACUCCUACUUCGCUCCACUCCAGUUCUCAGCUGCUGGAGAAACACAAAGUGUGGGAGCCAGUGAGAUGUUUCUCCAAGCUGCAGGACUUUGUUUUGUAGAAAGCCGAUCUCGGGGCGAGAAGCCUUCAGAGGAUGCCUUGGGCGUGGUGUCUUGAAAGUGAACCACAGGUGAAAUGAAGAAAAGAAGAACCAAUUUUCUUCAUUGUCUGUUUGCUGAAAAGAUUCAUCAAAGCUUCCUGGAUAAGUGACUGCUCAGACCUGCUUUGAUUGUUCUGUUGGAAUUGUGGCAAAAAAAAUCAUAAACAGGAUAAAGUAAGAAAUGUGUAUUGGAGCACUGGAGUUAGAUGAGCUCUCCCAUGCACGUACUGACAAAGUACUGAAUUCCUCUAGGCCAAAAUCCAAAGGAAACCUUUCAUUUGUCCAUCAAAAGCGCAGCAGUGGCCUUGAACGGCAUUCAGAUGGGCCCAACUCACGAGUGAUGGAAAAGGUAAACUCGGUGCAAUCCAUGCUUAUUCCCUGCAUUCUGGAGAGGAACCGGGCAGGGCUGUGGAAAGAGAGUAGCCUUGUUCCCCAGAAGAGCAUGAUCUAAGUAAUUCUGAGAUUUUGUUUCUCACAUUCUCAUGAUCCAAGAAAGAAACGUCUGAAUGCAAUAAAUCAAAAUACUGGCUGAAGAAAUGGGAGGAGGGCAAUUUACAGAACUGAGAUGUUGCAAACUUUUGGCUUAGUCAGUUUCUAUUGGCCCUCCCUAAUUGGGAUCCCACCAGUAGUGCUGACUUCAAAUCCUGUGAUUGCCUUUUGGGGAUACAACAAUUAUUGCCAAUUGUAAGCUGCCUAUAUGGAGAGCUAUAAUAAAUUGAAAUAAGUAAUGUAUUUCGUUAUAGAAAGUAUACUAAGGCAGAACAAAAUGAAUGUUAAGGCAGAAUUUUUUCAAUGCCCAAUUCAUUAUUUCUCUUGUAACUAAUGAAUAAAGACUAGAUUGUUUGUCUAUUUGUCAUAUGGAACAUUCACAUCAUGUUAAUAAAAGUACAGGCAAUACAAAUACAAAAUAUGAAAUGUAAAA